AUGCAUGUCAACGCCAAUGCCUUUUGCAUUUCUCUACAGGCACUUGAGAAACGCGUACAAUUCAUAAAAAAUGUAGUUGACAAUUUUAGAUCGUGUAUUGAAUUGCCCUCUGAGAUUCUACACCCCUUUCACUCAUCUCACCUUCUCACCCUCCUUGCUAAACCUCCCGCCGGGUUUUCUGAGUUUUUCGUUUGUGAAGAACGUGGAGAUCUUUCCUCUGGCUUUGCCUUCCACUGCAACAUUUGUGAGUUCAACCUCGAUGUCGAAUGUGCUGUUUUAAGCCAAAGACCAAAAGGGAGUACUGAGACGAGGACAGAUAGUUACCAUUUCAGCCACCACCAUGACCUCAUGAAUUUCAAUGCUAGGGAGGAGCUUAAAAUAAAAUGCAGCGCAUGUGAGCUGCCACUUUCUGGUCCUGCCUUUGGUUGCUUGAACUGCAAAUUCUUCCUUCACAGAUCCUGCGAAGAAAUGCCACGAGAAAUACGACACCAAUAUCACCCUCCGCACCUUCUUUAUGCUGAACUUGGUGGACAUGGCAGCGGCUGUAAUACCUGCGAUUAUGAGAUUGGUGACAUAUUCUAUGGCUGUUCUGAGUGUAACUUCCAACUCCACAUUCAAUGCGCUAAAAAUGGUCUGGGAAUAAGAUCCGCUCCAAAACAUAAGUGUCACAAACAUGAACUAUACUCUUUUGUAUCAAGUGAAUCAAAUGAGUAUAGCUAUUGCGAAGUUUGUGGUAAAAAGUGCAAUGGCCCCUGCUACACCUGCAUUAACUGCUCGUGUACUUAUUUUCAUCCUCAAUGCAUUCCAUUGCCACAAACUGUUGAGCAUGAAUCCCACUUUCAUCCUCUCACCCUUGUGGAUUCAUUUCUUGAAGAUGACUCAGGCGAGUAUUAUUGCGAUACUUACGAGAAAGAAAGGAACCCAAUAUAUCCUGUCUAUUGCUGUAAGGAAUGCCCAGAUUAUAUUCCAUUCAUUGCUCAUAUUGAGUGUUUUGGUGUCCGAGAUGUGGAAUUGGAUCCUGGGAAUGCCUCAUCAAGUGUCUUGGUGGUACAACCAGUGAAGCACAAUGAAGAACAAUUAGGUGAUACAAAGUACCCUGCCUUUGUUGAGUUUGAUGAAGAUGAAGCAAUUGCAAAACCCCAUUGCAAGAAACAAAUUGAGUGUGACCUUAACCUACAUCUCAAAUGCAUUCCUAUCCCGCUAAAAGUUAAGCAAGAAUGUCACAUCUAUCCACUUCUUCUCUAUGAAAAUUUGGUUGAAGGUGAUUCUGGGGAGUAUUACUGUGAUAUCUGCGAGAAGCCAAGGAACCCGAAUCAUGAUGUUUAUUAUUGCGAGGAGUGCGAGGUUGCCAUUGCCCAUAUUGGAUGUGUGAUACAAGAGGGAGAUACUGCAUUAGAGGCGCUUUUAUGGUGGAGUGAUGAUGAUCCAGGGUCAGACAUUGCAGAAACCUCUGGCCAGAUGGAUCCUGGAAUUGUCCUUGGGAGUACUGAUGGAAGUGGCUCGGAGUCGGAACAAGAUUGGGACGUGGGGGAUUCAGAACUAGUUAACGAGGUGAGUGAUUCAGAGCAAAACAAUGAUACAAUGAAAGAGAGCAAUGCAGAAGUAGAACAGUACCAUAUAAUUGUUAAACCAGAUGAAGAAAUUAAGGACCUUCGAGAGGAGAUGAGCAAAUUAGCUACAGAAUAA